AUGACUUCGACGCACGAAGGCGAGACGAUCGAGGAAGAGAGACUGAAGGUAGAGGAUCUCCAAGAGGGCAGAAUGGAAGACGACAGCAGGAUGCAUGAAGAUGGACUACGAGAGGAGGACAGAUUGCAAGAAGACGAUAUCCAGGUAGACGGUAUGGCCGAUGAUCGCAUACAAGAAGAGAGACUCCACGAUACAAGGAUGGACGAGAGACUGGAACACGAGAGACUGGACGAGGAGCGCAUCCCGAGUUAUCCAUCCCCCUUACCGGAGGACCGGCUCCCAGACAGCGAUCGGAUGCAAAGCUAUCCUUCGCCUUCGGCCGAGGCUCAAGACACCGGCCCUUACUACCACGCUGGUACACGGGAUGAUGAUCCGCAAGACCAGCCACAGCCGCCGCCCACACCACAGCAGCCAUCAUCCCACUCCGCCAGUGUCGAGGAGUUGCAGCUGGCUGCCCAGCUCGGCCAGGACCUUGCAGCAGAGCCCAUGCUGCACGUCACAGAUCCCAACAUGAAUGCCGAAGAUCCAAGCCUUCGCAGCAUCAUGCCUAAUCCCCAUUCUCAUCCUCAUUCGGAGCAAUCCCAAACCCCACAGCAACCGACACAGACACAGACACAGACGCAGACGCAGACGCAGGCUCAGCAGCACCAGCACCAGCACCAGCACCAGCACCAGCACCAGCAUCAGCACCAUCAUCAACCCCCUCCCCUCCCGCCUGCCCCUCGCCCUUACAUACCAGAGGAGAUACUGCCGGAUUCUCUCCAGCAGCACCUGCCUUUGUCCAUGCCCAUAGACCAUCAUCUUGCUCAACCAUAUACCCUUGGCGAUAGCACUCCACCUAGAAAACGGUCCAAGGUAUCUCGCGCGUGCGAUGAGUGCCGGAGAAAGAAGGUCAAAUGUGAUGCCCAGUCAGAUGCUGGAGACAAUCCAUGCUCUAAUUGCAAGCGCUCUGGCAUCCGCUGCAUGUUCAGCCGCGUUCCCCAGAAGCGCGGCCCAAGCAAGGGAUAUAUCAAAGAACUUGCCGACAGGAUCAACAGCAUUGAGGGCAAGUUGGAGAUCCAAAGUGAGUCAUUGCCACCCGAGUCAAUGGUAAACUGGACCUCUGCGGCAGCAAUGCUUAACUCCAUGUCAGGCCCUGGUGAGGACACAAGCCGGAAGCGACCAUUCUCCAGUAUCUCCAGCACCGACCUGUCUACCCCGGUACCACAGAGACAGGUCGCUUGGGGCACCGACCCUCGUCCUCUUCAACCCAUAACAACACCGUCUGAUCGCUACCAAUCGUCCCCAUUCGCCACCAAUGGCUUGGCACCCCAGCCUAUGCCUUUACCUAUCAAGAAUGAUAUGCAGCCGCGGCCCCCCGUUGCGUCAAUGGACGGCCCAGUGGCAGAUAUGCCUGAUAUUGAUCAGACGCGGGAUGUGGACGAUGAGGUCUUCAAUGGCUACCUCGCCAUGAUUCAACCUUACCUUCCGUUUCUGCCUAGCAGCAGGGUGUUGAUGCAGGAAUACUUGACCCAGUGCCCCGGCCUUCUGCGGGAGGCAUUUGUAGAGGCUCUCUCGGGAACGAUCCACUCUUUCCCUUCAUUUCAGUCGGGAACUCCUGGAGACGUACGUCUCGCCCACACGCUAUUGAUCGAAUGGGAGGCUAGCGAUUUUACAUCUCGGACUCCUGUGGCAAACCUUGUUUUCCUCCAGACACUUCUCCUCAUGAUUAUUGAGGCCGACAUGCGACCACUGGGCUCCAUUGGCGCCCCCAAGGAAUCUCUGCUGGGCAGGGCGAUAGCAAGCGCCAAUGCCUUGAAGCUGUACCAGGCCAAGGCAGAUGUUUCCGAGGCUGAAGUCGGCCCAGAUACUGAGAGCCAACUUCGCGUAAGGAUCUGGUGGUCCUUGGUCUUACUCGACCGAUGGAACGCCGUCGGUGCUGCGGUACCUUCGUUGGUCCGCGAUGAAAGCGUAGUUCUGGCACCAGGCCUCAAGGCAGUUAUCGGCGAAGUGCCGUACCUGCUGAUUCGUGCCUCAAAAUUCCUCAGCCGUGCAUCAUCCAUGAUCACCAACUUCCAAGAACCUCUCAACUCAACCUUUGCGGAUCGAAUACUGGGCUCUUUUAUGGAUGCGUGGGUGGAGGACUUUCGUGAGGAUCUGCCCGCUCAUAUCGAGCCUACCUCUUAUCCUGUUGUUCACCUGGUCUAUUGGCACUGCCGCCUACUGGCCUACUUACUCAACCCGUCAGCCAGAUCGACCGAUAUUUUGUGGCCCAGUCAAGAGUUGAUCAACCUCCUGAUCGGGCACUCACAGCUUAUCACGCCCUUGCACCAUCAUUUCACAGUCCUUGCGGUACUGACGCUGGUUGAGUUGGCAAAGGUGGACAAGACAAAGGAGGAGGCUACAAGGCUUCUGGGUGAAUUCCGAGAUUCUCCACUUCCAGCUUCCGUCUUUGAUGGCCUGGUCCGGGACAAGAUUGCUGACCAGCUCCGUCCAUCCACCAAUACUGCCACAGCUCCAGCCCCGUCAGCCAUGGAGGCGGCCGCAAGCCAGGGUCUACAGCAUCUAGCCGAUUUAGCUACUCUUUCAUCUGCGGCUGUGGAAAAGACUGAGGAGGCCACCACCUAUCGCACAGCCCCCAACUACGAAGACAUGGGCUUUGACCCUCGACCGCUACUACUCGUUGGAUGGAGCACGCAGAAGCAACUGGCAGAAUGUACUACUGGUAUUAUUGAAGACAUUGACAGCGACAGCGGAUGA